CAUGUCACCGUAACUCAGCACUCAGCUCUAGACUCUCAGGUAGGUGACUACAAAACCGGACUAGCAACUCAACUAUCAGCCUUCAAACCUGAACCGGGACUUCUAUAAUCAUGAAUAACAUCUUCGUCUUUUUGAUCUUGAGCUGUUUGGCAAUUACAGGCCAGCUAAACACCACAUGCAAUCAGUGCUGGAAUAUCGACUCAACCCAAUGCUGUGAGGAAAGAAAGCUUCAAUGUGAUGGAUCAGGUUGCAUGACCUUGUCGGAGUACACCGUUAUCGAUAGUGAUAAAUUUCGUACAAUACAGAAAAGCUGUUCUGUUCCACUAUUAUGUGGUAAUUGCUUUUCUGUAACCACCAACGAUAACUUCCUUGUCCGAGUGAGCGGUCAAUGUGGGGUAGGAAAUGGCAGCAAUGAAAAUCUAAACUAUAAAGACCCUUGUGACGGUCAGUUAAUACCAAACAACUAUCAGUGUCCAAGCUGCUUCAGCAUUGGUUCCCCUACAGGUUGCGAGAGCACAGGAUAUGUGGACUGCCUUGGAAUGGAAGAGGAAUGUUUUGAUUAUGGUGCAUUUGUUAUGUUGUCUGAUGGAAAAACAAUGAAUGUGUCACUUAAAGGAUGCAUUACCACUGGUGGUUGUAACAUUGGAUAUUCAGGUGUACCUGGAAACAAGGAACUGCAGAGGGAUCAUAUGAUUUGUACACCUCCAAUAAAAAAAGAAUAGAAUGUGGUAUAAUAUCACUAUACAAGAAAUGCACAUCAGAACCUGCAUCAUUGUUAAUGCACAGAAACUUGUAUAAGAGAUGUAUAAAAAAAUAAGCUUUGCCAUAAAAUCUCUGUCAAUAAAAUCUAGCCAUUAUUAAAAAGUAAACAGUCAAUGUGCUUAAUAAUUCUAAAUAAAAUCUUAGACUCCU